AGCUACAGAAUGAGAGCCGCAAUAAUGCCACUGAGACGCAAGCAGUGGCUGAUCCUCCUCCAGCUGAGGAAACGGUGGAAAUUAGAAAUGUUCCUGAAGUAGCAGAAAUUGAAAAGCAAAUUGUGACAGAUGUCACUCAUCUUGAAAUCCCUGCAGAUUUGGCACUGGUGUUUGCCAACAUUCAAGGCUGGUCCUUGACCCACGGAUCCUCAGUUCACGAAAACAGAGGAGAUGUCAUAAAGCACGAGUAUGCAACAUCAAAACUACCAGAUGAUAUUAAUGACUUUCCUUUCUCCAAGUUCGUUCAGGAACAUUUUCAGAGUGAACACCAAUGGCGAAUGCUACGGGCGCCGUUAAGAAACAGCUUGCUGCCUAUAAAGUAUUCAGACAGUGUGAUGGCUAUCGGUCUCUUUCAGCUGGUUAUGCGAUUCAUGGAUGAUGAAUCCAUUACUGGUGUCAAAGAGUUUGCUGUUGGAAACUACCUGGUCCAGAUGGGCAUUUUCAAGCCCGAAUUACGUGAGGAGAUGUUCUGCCAUCUUUGCAACCAAACUUGGGGAAACAAUUCUGAUGCAAGCAAUGAAAGAGGGUGGCUUCUUUUGGCGCUGUUUUUGUGUUGUUUCGCCCCAUCAACAAGACUCUACAAGCACUUACUCAAGUACGCUUCAGACCAAGCAUUCAACGGCUAUAAAAGCUAUUGCCAGCAUAAGAUGCUGUGUUGGGACAUGAAUGGGUCUUCUGUGGCACGAUCACACCCUCCCACUCUGUUAGAAUGGCAAGCAGCAAAGUUGAGGACCAACAUGGCUGUUGAAUGCCACUUUCCUGAUGGAGAAAGAAGGACAGCAGAAGUUGAAUCUUGUACCACAGGAGAAGAACUUGCUGCGUUAAUUCUAAAAGACAGGGGCAUUGAAGAUCCUAAAGGCUGGAGCGUUGAUCUUGAGAGCAGUGACUGGCAUUGCUCUCUUGCCGGCAAGGAUUAUGUCCUUGAUCUUAUUUCAGAACUGGAAUACCCGCCGGCCUUCCCCUUGUCUCGAUCCUCAUCACUGUUAACAGUUAAACCAGGCCAUACUGUUCCAGAGAGUCAGCUGAAGACACUUUCCAAUCUUCAUAUGCCGCAAGCUCGUGGGAAAAGCGUAGCAGAAAUUGCCCACAAGUUUUCCUUUGUUGACCAUCAACCACCGUCAUCACCGUCACACACACAGCGAGAAGAUGCUUUAAGUGCAGCUACAUCAGCGAGACUGGCAUAUGUCAGCUCUCAAGGCCCAGUAGAGGACAACCUUGUUCAGAGAUCGCGAUUGGGAAGCAGCUCUGCUCAUGUAGAAUCCGCACCACCCCCUUACCCGUUUCCGCAAGUGUUCGUCCCACCACCCCCUCCACCCCCACCUGCGUUUGUUCCACCACCUCCCCCACCGCCGCCAGUUGUACCGCCAACUGAGCGUGUGAUUCUAAGAAGGAAGCCCACCAAGAAGGACAAGGACAGAAAGAAAAGAGACAGUGGUGGACCCCAGCUGUCCAUGGCUGAGGUGAUCGCGAAGGCAAAGAAAAUGCGCGAGCAACGAGAACGUGUUCUGUCAACUGGCAGCGGACCUACGUCAGGCGAUAAAGAAACCACUGAUGAUCCUUUUGAAUCCGCGAUGCAAGCUCGUGUGGUACAGCUGAAGAGCAGGCGCGUUGAAGUCCAGCAGGCACCGCGGCAGGAGGAAGAUAGUGAGUUGAUGAGAGAGAUGCGGCGAAAGGCGCAACGGGCCAGUCGGGCGUUUGUUGAAAACGAGAAAACCACACAUCUGUCUGUUGAAGACAGUGUUUUUGUUGUGGAAGGUGAAAGAAGACCUUCAAGAGACAAUUCCUCCACUUCCAACCGAGAGGCUGGAGACAAUGACUCGCUGCAGUCAUUAGAGACCUCAGACAAAUUAGAAUCGCCCAAACAAGUCAAGGAUUUUGUGGACAGUCUUUUUGAUCCUGUUCUCUCACAAGGAGUGGAAGGUUUGUCAGAUGAGGUAGCACUACAAGGAGCCUUGAAAGGAGGUGGCGGAGUGAAUCAGCCAAACACGACAGCAGCUAAUGCUUCUACUGCAACUGCAUCUACAGCCGUGAAUGGACAUCCAACGGGGCAAGCUCACACACAAGGCAAUGGGUAUCCUGUCCACCCGGCAGUACAAGCUCAAGGGAAUGGGUAUCCUAGAAUGAUGCAGACAAAUGGUUUUCCAGCAAUGGUGCCUGGUGCUCCCAUGUACUACGGUAUGCCACAGACAAAUGGACCUCUUGUAGGACUCCCUCAGGCAAGUAAUGGGCCCGUAAUGGGUGGUCCCCUGUACCCGGCCAAUAUGGACACUGCGCUGCUGGCAGCGCAGCAGCAGGUUCUUAUCGAGCGGCUGAUAGCCCAGCAAGCUCUUCUUCAACAGCAGCAGACUGUAGCCUCUCAGAAGCAACAGGAGCAGCUGUUAAUGCUGGCACAACAACAGCAGUCCCAGUUAGAGCAGUUGCAGCAGAUGCUUGCUUCCCCUCAGCCCGCAGCCUCGCCGUUGGAUACCCAGGAGUCAUUAGCUUCAUCUUCGGCCUCUACAAGCACUGCUACCAACGGCCAUGUUCUGAGUCAUAACGGCCAGACGGCAAUGGAGGUUCUUUCACCUCCGUCUGAAUUUUCAGACCUAAGACAUUCACCACCACUACAGUCACCCAUCCCUCCCCCUCCGUCUCCUCUGGUACUCAUCCCUCCUCGCUCAACGUCUCUACCUCCAGCGCCAGCAUCCACGAUAUCCCUACGAGAACAAUCCUCUUCAAAUACGGAUGCGUUUCCACCACCUCCUCCUCCCAUCUCCGACGACAGCAAUACUGAAGAGAACAUCACGCCUCAGAGACCGGGUCUCCCAAGACGAGCUACUGACAAGGUAGCACUGUUUGUGGCUGCUUUGGAAGGCAAGUCAGGAGGGGAAGAAGCCCGCUCCCCUGGGCCAGCAUCGCCACUCAGACACGGUGACAGUUUUAGUUUUUCAACCACUUCUCCAGUGAGAAAGGAGAGUGCUGCCAAGGAGAGGCCAGAAUUUCACAAGCGCACUUCAUCCUCGAUAGGCUUUGUUGUGUUGUCAGACAAACAGAACAGUACUGAGUUACACCCCAGAUCUGAUGGACCGUAUUUAUCGUACAGUCACGUCAAAUGGAAGUUGAACAUUCGUAAAGAACUCUUCGCAGCUGACGAGAAAGUCAGUAACAACUUGUUGCAGAAGUUGAUAUUCUUCCAGAUCCUUCGUGACUCUUAUUCCAACUGCUGUUGUCGAAUGUCCAAAGACGAUUGUCAAAGAAUGCAGCUUUUACUACAGAAGUAUGGUAUAACACCAGAGAGACCCCACUCAAGUGUUCCAGUGGAAGACAUUAUUAUCGAGGCGGCCAGACAACUUCCUCUCUACUUCAGUAGGUUCUUUGUUGUUAAGGGUCAGAAUGAGUUGCCAGAUGUGCAUUACUUGGCUGUUUCUGAACACGGUAUUAAAUUGGUGAAGAGGGAGAAAAUAACAGAUGAACUCGAAAUCGUGAGAAGCAUUCCGUACACAGAGCUGGUUAAGUUAAAGGCCGUGAAGGAUAAACUGACACUGACGCUCACGAAGGAAGUCAAAGUUGUUGUUCAUACGGAGAGGGCAGCAGAAGCGAAGCAGAUUAUUGACGCAUAUCUGCGGCAGUUAGAAAAGGAGGUGAAAUACGUACGGGCUUUGUACGAUCAUGUGUCACAAGAGUCCGCACUUCUUAACUUCAAGAAAGGUGACGUGAUCAAAAUCGUUCACAAAGAUGACCUGGAGGAAGGCUGGGUUUUUGGCAUCUUUAACAACCAAAGCGGGUAUUUUCCAGCCGAUUUUGUCACACACAUUCAAGAGGUAACGUAUAGUUCCUUCUAUGUUCUUUCUUUAAUGCGUACCGGCCAGCCUGUUAACACAGCGAGAAUCGGGCGCAUUGUCUUCACACGUUCCUCUGUUAAAUUGAGUACGAUGUCUCUGGCUCUGAAGAAAAGAGAAAAUGUCAGACCAAGAGCGCGGGAAGAGGUGAAAUACGUACGGGCUUUGUACGAUCAUGUGUCACAAGAGUCCGCACUUCUUAACUUCAAGAAAGGUGACGUGAUCAAAAUCGUUCACAAAGAUGACCUGGAGGAAGGCUGGGUUUUUGGCAUCUUUAACAACCAAAGCGGGUAUUUUCCAGCCGAUUUUGUCACACACAUUCAAGAGGACCCUCAAGCGGUGCCCGCAGUACGUCCUAGUAAUCUGGUGAAAGCGGCUUCUGUGGGGAGUUUGCUCAGUCUGGACUCGGACGGACCGAUGUCUGGCGAGUCACGUGGCCGAACCGGAAGUGUCAAGUCCACCAAGUCUGACAAUUCACAAUAUAAUUCCGAUAAACACUCCAUGAUGGAGUUUGCCAUGCAUUACUUCAGAUAUGGAAGAGACGCUCUGGUACGGGCCGAGGACGGUACCAUCCGAGGUACAGUUAAGGUGCGAGGAACUCUGGGACGAUCGUCCAAAGCAAGUCAUAAGAAAGAUAAAGCAGAGUGGACGUGGAGUGGAUUAGCUGAACUCGUCAAGUACAGCAGGGUCCCAAUUCAAACAUCACUUGUGAGGCUUGACUCUACACAGCUCAAUAAACUAGCAGUGGAGACUUUCCAAAUGAUCAUGAAGUUCAUGGGAGACUUACCGAUGUCCAAGCAUCUAAAAGAGACAGAGAUUGUGUUCAACUUGUUGAAGACGUGCCGUGAAAUCCCAGACCUAAGAGACGAGGUUUACUGUCAACUCAUCAAGCAAGUCACCAGCAAUAAGAGCCAAAAGCCUGAGAGCGCAAGUCGAGGCUGGCGACUGCUGAUAAUCAUCACAGCUUACAUUGAGUGUUCAGAUGUUUUCACGCCUUAUCUGGUCACGUUCUUACAGAGCACGGCUAGUGAUCCCAAAAGAGAGUUUCAUGGUGCGGCAGCCACGUGUGAAAUGAAUUUAAUGAAGACGUUCAAGUAUGGUGGAAGAAAAACACCUCCCAGCAGAGAAGAAUUAAGCCAACUAGUGCAAGGACGACAGACCAAACGACAGGUCUUUGUUCUCCCUGGAGGAACUCGAAUGUUGAAAGUUCAAACCAGUUCAACUGGUUUUGACGUCAUCAAGGAAAUAUGUAAUGAUAUGGAUUUGAUGUCAGAAAAUCAUUACAAAGAGUACGGACUUUUCACCUUCAUGGAAGCACAAAACGUAAUGGUGCCAGUUCAGACCACAGAUUACAUUAUGGAUGUGGUUAGUUCUAUGGAGCGACAGGAAUUCGCCUUCAGCUUGUGUUUCCGCCGUGUGUUGUGGCUACAAGGCCUGAGACUUGAUAAUGAGCUGCUGGUCAGCGUCAUCUACCAUCAGGUAUUACCGGACUAUAUGGCAGGGUAUCUACUAGCAACACACGGUCGAUCAUUUGGCGAUGCUCAGUUUCAGAAUCAGAUUGCGGAGCUUGGAGCACUUCAGUAUCGAGCUCGUGAUCACUCGAUUCUUCAUGCAAACCAUUCUGAAGUGGAGACUCUGAUACCAAGAGGAAUGCUUGACAAAUUACGACCUCAGCAGUGGAUGAUUCUCAUACAAGAUCACUUCCGGAGCUGUCACACACUCUCCCCUCAUCAGUCACGCCGGAAGUUCCUUGAAACUGUUACCAGGUGGCCAUAUUUUGGGUCAACUUUCUUUGAAGUGAAGAAAUGCAGUAACCCCGCUGUUUCAGGAGACUGUAUUUUAGCAGUCAAUAGAACUGGAGUUCAUUUCUUGAGUCACGCGACAGUGCAAACUCUGUUGAGCGAGCCCUUCAUGAGUAUCAUCUCCACCAGGCUUUUAAUAUCGGACAAGAAGAGACAGUUCUUAGAUCUGAAGAUUGGAAAUCCUAUGAUGCAGAAGGUCACGCGCAUGGAGACAUUCCAGGCGAAAGAAAUUUCCAAUCUCAUCUAUAAGUACGUAUCUUUGCAUUCAUCGGCAAAACAGGACGGUCAAGGACUGGCAGUGGUUCUGAGAACCCAACAAGAAUACCAGAAGAUGUGAACCCCUAUCAAUAUUGGACUCCAAUGGCCCUUCAGGUUCAGGGCCGAAAAAUGUUCCAAUAUGGAUGCCCGGAGAACAAAAUUCUUUAAGAUAUGUGUACCACAGCAGUUGUGGUUCUGAGAAUGGUUCUUCUAUUUUUGAAAUCAGGAAAAUAAAGUUUUUCCCCGUGUAAAUUCAAACCUCAUAGACUAGAAGUAUCGACAGAGGUUUGAAAUUUAUACCUGUUCAAAAUGGUGAACAUAGAAUAUUUCAAUGAAAACUCUCUAUUCACUCAGUGUGAGGCGUGUAUAUAAAUUUGAAUUGACAAUACAAUGUAAUAGAAAUAGACCUCCAAAUAUUUUUGCUCUUUGGUAUAUUUGGGCAGCGAGAAAAUAUAAAGAUGUAUUAUAACCAGGAAUGUUUUUUUAUGCUACGAAUUCAAUCUCCGUAUUAUAUGUUUCUUGUAUUGAUUAUUUGAUUAGGUAUUGAUUAGUUGAGAGGGCGUAUUUUGAUGAUGUUGGAUGGUCUAGGCACGUCGCAGGCCGAUAAGCGUGUUGUUACAUUUAUCUGAGAAUCAUCAUAUUUUUAAGCUCUAUUCGCAGCCGUUAUUUGGGUCUCGCAGCUCUUUUCGGAGAAGAGCGUUGUGUAACCUUUAAAAUAACAGCCUUGAGCCACGUUAAUUAUAUUCUUUUUUUUUCGAAGACUUGUUUUUCCCUGCUUUGCACUUAACAAGACAGCAGACAUUUUGUGUAGAUGAGGCAUUUUAAAUCUCGUUUUCUUUUGUAAUUUGUUUUUUCCUUAUUAUUAUUAUUAUUAUUAUUAUUAUUAUUAUUAUUAUUAUUAUUUGAAGUAAGCUGGUUUCAUACGUAAUUGCAUUAUAAAUUACAUUCAGUCCGUUGACGUCGAGAACGCAAGCACAAAACUGGAUUUCUGCUCUUUUCAAGUUUUUACCUUGUUCUAGUAAUGGGACCCUAAAGGGAGAAUUUAUGCAAUAAUUUUUUCCUUGUCAAUAACGACGCUCUCUCGUGUCAUGUUAGUACAAACAUGCCAAAAAAUAUAUCGUACAACUGGGAAAAGGAAAGUAAAUUCUCUUUUAUUCCUUACAAUCAAUAUGAGUUUUUGAUGAUUAAUGCUGAUUGGGAGCGUUUUGCCUACGAUUUAACAUUGUUUCGCUAUUAGUUCAGGCAGUUUGCUAACGUAGUAGGUCUAUUAUUGAUACCUAAGCUUUUAUCUUAAAAUAUUCUUACUGAAUAAUUGCAUUAGUAUUGCACAUUUAAAGAGUUGUAUUGGAGGAAACAAAAAAUUGUUGCAAAAACGGAAAAAAGUUUAACAAAAAUUUGUCUUGCUGAAAAACGUGGUGGAGAAAUGAGCCCGCUUUCUUUACACUAGAGAGCAGCGGCGCUCAUCCCGAUACAAAUUAAUAUUUUUAAUUAAUUUUCAGGGCACGUAAACUGCUCCUAAGUGAAAAUGAAAAUAAUUAAUUUUACAUAUCAACUAGCUUGUUUCAAAAAAAUGUAUAUGACUUGUAUUGUUUGUAUCUUUUGCAAAACAGUUCAAUUGGUUCUGGCGAAUUCUACUUAGCGCUAUUUGAGUGAAGAAUAAAAUAAUGUAGAAAUCAAUUUAUCCAAUCUCGCCCCAAGGGUAAAAUUCCACAAUACAAAAAUUUGUAGUAAGGAUCUUUUUGCAUUAACAUUUAUUAUAAUGGCCUAUCAGAACAAUGCAGUUGAAACUUUGUGGCUAUGUCAGAAUGCAUAGUUUGUCAGAGUGGCAGUUAAUGUAACCAAUAAUUUCAAAUAGAUUGUGGAGUAAUAUAAAAGGUUGUCAAUCAAACACGCGUGUGAGAAGGCUCACUGUAACAUGUUAGUUUAUUACUGUUCAAUGAAUUUUGUGUACCACUCUGUAGUUACGUGUACGUAACUCCAGUGACACUAUAACUCGCUUAGAAGGCUAAACAGAGAGGAAUAUUUCAUACGUAGACAUUAAAUCCAAUUUACUUUAAA